AUGGGCGAGCUCGCGCCAGCGCGAAAGGCGGCGGGCUGGCGCCUGGACCGCAUCCUGUUCGGAGGACCGGGCUCGGGGCCGGCGAGGGACCGGGCGCGCAAGUUUGAUGAGGUCUUACAAGCGGCUCAGGAUUCGCACGAGGGUUUCGUGAAGAACUUGCGGGGCGCGGGCGUCGUCGAUUUCUCGAUUCAGGCGUUGCAUGGAGCCCUGUCCGACGUCGGCAACUGUUUCUACUGGCUCGCGCUGCCGAACUGGCUCCGCCGCCGCCAAUGCGCGUCUCUAUCCGGCACGCAGUGGGCAAGUCUCUGGAACGCCACCGACGUCGCGGAGGCCAGGGGCGCCAGGGAAAUAUUCAGAUAUCGGCGCGCGACACUGCCUGCUGCGCCUCGCCGAGCCGCCCCCGGCAUCUUCGACCCGUUCCAGGACCUGGAGAUUGUCGAGCCGAUCGUCGACCCAAACGAGCCCUCGCCUCACGAGGCUAAUUUCCGAUUCAAAGAGAUGCCCGAUGGCCUCUCGCAGGACCCCACGUGGAUAACCAGCUAUGCUGCGCCGUUCGCCAUCAGGGAUGGCAUUCGGGACCCGCAGUCGAAGGCUACGGAAUCUGCGAUGAUGCACACCUCGCAGAGCUCCAGACGCCCGCGCCAUGCUCCGACGCGAGCUGGCGGGCUCGAUGGGCACCCGAGCCCCGCGGAGCUCGGGGCGCAGACCUUCCUGGAAGCGAACGCCGUCUCGGAGAGGUCCGACUCGCCGCAGAUCAACGACGCGCUGACCCCGACGCCGGGCAGCCAUUUCUACGCGAUCCACCUUGACCGCGCGGAGCGGGGGCACUGGGAGAAGCUCGUCUUAGAGGCCAGCCUGACCAACCAGCCUGACCAACCUGGAGGCCAGGACCCGAUCAAGCACGCCGCAGCCCACCCGCCACGCGCACCCCACAAGGGCCAGAAGUUCGUGGAGCUCAGUAGCGGCGAGGAGGGCGCUCACCGCGCGGGGGCACCCGAGACUGGCGAGCCCAGCGAGGACGGCUUUGCGCUCGGCUUCGACGUCCCCUUCGAGGACAUCCAGCCGGCCGCGUUCAAGACGGAACUGCACAGGUGCUUCCAAUCGCUCGGGGUUGACGAGGUCGCGUUGUCCAGAGUCAGCAUCGACAUCUACGAGGACGACGGCGCCAUCAUCGCACACACGCACGGACAUCCGGACUCGAUCCGCAUGCUCAAGGCGGUGAAGUUGUCAACCAUCGAGGUUGUGAAGUCUGGCUCGCAGAUGGUGCUGUCCGUGUACCAGACGUCCGCGAGAACCCCUCGACGAUCGAGCUGUUGGCGGCACGCCGCCGGCGCCGCCGGCCCGCCGGCGGUGGACCACCGGCAGCUCUCCGCUGCGCCCGCGGCUGCCGCGGCCCGCCGGCAGUUGCGCCGGCAGAACCAGUUCGGGGUCUUGGGAUUUGUCCAGUUCACCGGGCCCGUGGCAUAUUUAAUGGGCACUGGCGGGAUGGGUGUUUGCAAGGCAUUCGCAGGUUGA